GCUGCUGGACGCGGGGUGGCCUGGCCGGGCGCGCUGGUGCUGAAAUGACCCGCGGGGGCUGCCUGCGGCUGCUGCUCUUCGCCCUACUCGGCAGCCUGCGCUGGCCCGACGGCUUCGCCGCCGCCAAGAGUUGUGUCUGCAAAGGUAAAAGCCAUUGCUACUGUGAUGGAAUGAAAGGUAAUAAGGGUGAAAAAGGAUUUUCUGGUGCUCAAGGUGUACCUGGCCAGACAGGUUUCUGUGGCCCUGAGGGACCUCCAGGACCACAGGGACCCACGGGUUUUCCAGGGCAGAUAGGUUUAGUCGGACCCAAAGGUGAAAGGGGAAUGCUAGGAUUACCUGGUUUUUCAGGUCUCCCAGGUCUUCCAGGUGAACCAGGAAACAUUGGUCCUCCUGGAGGUCCAGGAAUUCUAGGAUGCAGUGGCCCAAAGGGUGAACAAGGAUUUCCAGGGCCUCCAGGGCCAGGAGGUGCUCCAGGCAAACCAGGUAUUGAUGGCCUCAAAGGAGAUAAGGGGUGCCCUGCAAGUGGAUAUGACCCAGGAUAUGAUGGGAGAGGUGACCCUGGAUUACCAGGAAUACCUGGACGCCAGGGUGAACCAGGUCCUCGAGGACUCCAAGGGCUAGUUGGACCACAAGGCCCUCCGGGAUCUUCAGGUGUUUCAGGGAGAAUGGGACUUCCAGGACGUAAGGGUGUCAUGGGGAUUAAGAUCAUAGGAACCAAAGGAAUACAGGGUGAUCCUGGAUCAGCAGGACCCCCUGGGCUCCCAGGAACAGUUAUUGUGACAUUAAGUGGACCAGAUAAUAUGAAGGGCUUGAAAGGAGAUAAAGGAGAGAAAGGAUCAAGGGGUCUCCCGGGACCAGUUGGGUCAUUGGGUUUUCCUGGAGAUUUUCAAAGUGAAAAAGGUGACCCAGGAGAGCCUGGCCCACAGGGUAAACCUGGAAAAGAUGGUACCCCCGGUCCACAUGGCUUUCUGGGAGAGAAGGGUGAACGCGGCUACCCAGGAUCACCUGGCGUAGCAGGCACUAAGGGGAGGAAAGGAGACAUUGGCCCACCAGGAUUUCCUGGUCCCACAAAGUAUUAUGAUGAGGUGGCUGGUGAAAAAGGAGAUGAAGGAUAUCCAGGACCCCCAGGACUUAAAGGUCAACCUGGCAUACCUGGGCCAAGAGGUCCCCUAGGUGUGACAGGAAGACCAGGUGUAUCGAGACCUGGCAUAAAUGGUCCACAAGGAUAUCCAGGACUGAAAGGAAAUAAGGGAGAGAAAGGACAGCCUGGCAUGAAUGCUGUGGGAUCUCCAGGACUUCAUGGGUUUCCAGGCAGACCUGGUUCUGUAGGAUCACCAGGUCCUGCAGGACAGCCAGGUAAAGUAACGUUUGAAACGCACCCACCAGGAGUUCCAGGAAACCCCGGAUGUGUGGGACCUCCAGGACUUCCAGGAGAUAGUGGAGUGAAAGGUGAAGAAGCAAGUCCUUGUAAUCAAUGCAGUUAUAUACCAGGAGGACCUGGACUUCCUGGUGCUCCUGGGCAAGAUGGUCAAGAAGGAGUUACUGGUAGACAAGGAAUAAGUGGUCCCAAAGGAUCUCGAGGUUCUCCAGGGGCACAAGGGCCUUCAGGUCCUCAAGGACUUCCAGGUUUUCCAGGAGAUCAAGGACUGAAAGGGCCAAACGGUGAACCGGGAUAUGUGUAUCCAGAAGGGCAAAAAGGAAACAGAGGAGAUCCAGGGAUCAGAGGAAAUCCAGGGAGGAAAGGUUCAGAUGGAUUGCACAAAAAACAUGGUUCAAAAGGCUCAAAAGGUCCUAAAGGCGAAAGGGGACUGGAUGGUUCGAAAGGGGACAGAGGGUUAUCAGGAUUGCCUGGUAACCCAGGUCUUCCUGGAGAAAUGGGGCUCACUGGACCACCAGGAUAUGGACCACAAGGAAUGACAGGUCCCAAAGGCGCUAAGGGAAUGUCUGGAUUGCCUGGAUUGCCUGGAGCAAUUGGUCCAAAAGGAGAACUUGGUACAGUAAAUCCAAUACCUGGACCACCAGGACCUCGGGGGCCAGAGGGUUUACCAGGACCCCCAGGAGCAAUGGGUAAUGUUGGAUCUAGAGGACAACAUGGUGAUUUGGGAUUACCUGGGUCUGAUGGUGCUCCAGGAUUUUCAGGGACUGGAUUUCCUGGAGAUCCUGGUCCAAAAGGGGAUAAAGGUCUUCGAGGGUCUAAAGGAUCACCAGGUUUGCCAGGAAAGGCAGGAGAACCAGGCUCGCCUGGACAGCCUGGAUACCCAGGAGAAAAGGGAGACCCUGGAUUAAUUAUUCCUGGCCAACAGGGUGGAUUAGGUUCCCCAGGACAAGGCGGCUUUCCAGGGGUAAAAGGUGACAGAGGAAUUCCAGGUCUACCAGGAUUCCCAGGACAUAAUGGUGCUGAUGGGCCAAGAGGAGAACCUGGCUGUCCCGGAGCUCCCGGAGAAAAGGGACUUCCAGGGAAGCUUGGUGAUUGUCUUAUUGGUCCACCAGGUCUCCCAGGUGCACAUGGUUUAACAGGUCAACAAGGAGAAAGAGGUGUACUAGGAUCAAAAGGAGACCCCAGUAUUCCAGGCUUGGGUGUCCCAGGAUUCCCUGGACAAUUUGGGCUGCCUGGAUUGCCAGGUCGCCAAGGAGACACAGGAUCGCCUGGUCUCAAGGGUCAGCCUGGCAGACCAGGAAUACCAGGUGCACCAGGCCAAAGAGGAGAACGAGGUAUAAUGGGCAAUUUAGGAAUUCCUGGACCUCCUGGUGUCUUUGGACACCCAGGCAUUCCAGGAAACAGAGGUUCUCCUGGCCUUCCAGGACUGAAGGGAAGAAAAGGGUUUUUAGGGGCAAAGGGUGAACCAGGUGAUAAAGGAUUUCCUGGACCAUCAGAAACCAGAGGGAAUCCUGGGGAUAAAGGAGAACCAGGAUCAAAAGGAUUUCCAGGAAGAAUAGGUCUGAAAGGAGAAAGAGGAGAUAAAGGUAUACAAGGAUCAGCAGGGCUUGAUGGGACAUCAGGAGUAUCAGGUCUGCCAGGUCCCAAAGGAUUUGUAGGUCUACAAGGAAUUCCUGGAAGACAAGGAUUACCAGGACCUCCAGGAGACAGAGGUGAUAUGGGAGUGCCAGGUUCUAAAGGGGAGAGAGGAUCUCAAGGUUUACCAGGACCAUCCGGUGCACAAGGCCCUCCAGGCCUUCUUGGUUUUCCAGGUGAUAAAGGAGAACCAGCUAGUUCAGCAUCUGGGCCUCCAGGAAAACCAGGACCAAAGGGUGAUCCAGGUCCCCCAGGAGAAAUGGGAAGAAAAGGGGAAAGAGGAUCACCAGGUCAGCCAGGACUUGUAGGAGAACCUGGACUACCUGGAAACAGGGGGGAUUGUGGAAAACCAGGAGCUCCAGGGCCAUCUAAAUGUGCUGGAGAUACUGGCGCUAAAGGGUGCAAGGGGGUGGCAGGACCGAGAGGCACUGAAGGCCCUCCAGGUGCAAUAGGAGCCCCUGGAGCCAACGGAGCUGUUGGGGAAAGGGGGAAUCAAGGACGGGAUGGUAUUCCUGGCUUCCCAGGGGAAAAGGGAGAACGAGGUGCACCAGGAUGGCAGAUUAAAGGUCCGCAAGGUAUUUCUGGUCCUAAAGGAAUCAAAGGUGACGUGGGGAUUCCUGGUUGUCCAGGACCAGAAGGUAUUAAAGGUCUAAUGGGGGAUCCAGGACCAAUUGGACCUCCUGGAUUGAAUGGAAAGCCAGGAUUCCCAGGUGCACCAGGCAUAAUGAUUCCUGGCCAGAAAGGAAAUAGAGGUCUUGCCGGAGUGGAUGGACGACUGGGUAUUCCUGGUAGACCAGGAUCUUCUGGAACCCCUGUGUACAGCAUAAAAGGAAACAAAGGUGUUAGAGGUAUAGAUGGCAUACCAGGACCACCAGGAUUGGUAGGCAAUAUUGGUCCUCCAGGUUUAACAGGAGUUGAAGGCACCCCAGGCAAUUCAGGCCCUAGAGGUGAACCUGGCUUUCCAGGACUUCCAGGUGUAACCGGAGAAAAGGGUAAUCGAGGACCCCCUGGACCAAUGGGUGCAGCAGGAUCUAUUGGACCAAAGGGCCCCCCUGGUCAGCCUGGAGCACCUAGGAAAGCAACAUAUAUCCCAGGAAACCAAGGAUCUGCUGGAUCACCUGGAAGCCCAGGACUACCAGGAGAUCCAGGACCUCGAGGGCCACCAGGAUUACAUGGACGUCAAGGUGUAAAAGGCCUACCAGGCCAUUGUGGAAAUCCAGGCAUAGUUGGACCAGUUGGUCCAAAAGGAGACAAAGGAUUUCAAGGACAAAGAGGAUCUCCUGGGCUUAUUGGCUUUCCAGGAGUACAGGGCCUACCUGGUUCCCCAGGUAUUUCAAUACCUGGUCCAACAAGAAGAGGCUUCAUCUUUACCCGGCACAGCCAGUCAACAAAGAUUCCUUCAUGCCCAUCUGGGACAGCUCAGAUCUACAGUGGUUAUUCUCUUCUCUUUGUACAAGGAAAUGAGCAAGCACAUGGCCAAGACCUUGGGACAGUUGGUAGCUGCCUGCAGCAAUUUACCACCAUGCCAUUUUUAUUCUGUAACACCAAUGACGUUUGCAGUUUUGCUUCUCGCAAUGACUAUUCAUACUGGCUGUCAACUGCAGCACCAAUGCCAGAAGACAUGGCACCAAUCUCUGGCAGAGCCUUACAGCCCUAUAUUAGCAGAUGUAUUGUUUGUGAAGGACCAGCAGUUGUAAUAGCAGUUCACAGCCAAACAACUGCAAUUCCUUUAUGUCCUCAAGGCUGGAUAUCUCUCUGGAAGGGUUUUUCCUUUGUUAUGUACACAAGUGCCGGUUCAGAAGCCUCUGGCCAAGCAUUGGCAUCACCUGGAUCCUGCUUGGAAGAAUUCCGUGCCAUUCCAUUCAUAGAAUGUCAUGGUAGAGGGACAUGCAACUACUACACAAAUUCCUACAGCUUCUGGCUGGCUUCACUAGAUCCAAGAAGAAUGUUCAGGAAGCCUUUACCACAGAUUUUAAAAGCAGGGGAAUUGGAAAACGUCAUCAGCCGCUGUCAGGUCUGCAUGAAGAGAGACAGAAAUUCUUGACAGAGCAUCAAACUUUGAUUUUAUUGCAAAGAAUAGCCUAACUCUCCAGAAUGUGCAUUUAUUAAAGCCAAACUGUUUCUGGACAAUGAGCUCUAAAAUGCUAGUGCAGCAUUUUGAUUUUCUUUUUUCUAAACAAAUUGCAAAGCACUUUUUUGGAGAAGGCUGUUGUAAUGGCAGUACUACAGAUCUUCAUCUUCUGAACUGUGAGGCAAGGUGGAUGAUGUAAUCUUUUAUUGAACCAACUUCUCUGGGUGAGAAAAAAAGCGUCUGGGAUUUAGGUGGACCGUAGAGUUAAGUCCGUGACUUAAGAGCUUCCAUGGCAUUCCUGAGUGAACGCAAACCUUCAGUUAUAAGUCUGUUUUUAAAAAUGCACUGCAAAAAGAAACACAAAAUCUACACCUUUUAUAAAGUAUUUGAAACAUUAAAUAUUUGUCAUGAACAUCUGCAGAAAUAAAACCUCCUAUUCCAUCUAGUCAGGUGAAAGUAUCUUAAAAUAAAAGAUUUGUUAUGAGUGAUAGUCAAAUGGUCAAAUAGUCAAAUCUGAGCACUGAUUUACACCAGUGAAUUCGACUGUAAAUGGAUUUAAAUACCUGAUAAGCACUUUCUAUAAAUUAAAUGACUAAAACUGUAGCUCUGAAUAUUUUGGUAUUUAUGAUAUUGUACAUGCAGCACUAUUUAAAAUUUUAAUGUUGACAUUUAAAAAGUUAAUAACUUUUAAUACUUGCACACAACUAUCAGAAUUCCAGUUCAAUUAUUUAAUUUUAUAGAUAAAGCAUAAUUAAUUUGACAAGUUUAAUAAAUGCAUCAUUUUAAAUGUAGGGUCUAGAAGUCAGCUGAAGGAUCUAGAAGUCACUUGAAGUAAGAAAGAUUUCUCAUUGAGGCCUAUUUUUUGCAAGUAAAAUAUUUUAUAUUUAUUUAUUAAAAUAUUUCCAGUAUGUUUGUAUUAAUACUCGAAUUUUCUCUGUUAAUAUAACUAGAAACAGUUUUCCCCAUAUGUAACAUGCCAGGGUCAUCUGCUUAAGCUAAUUUAAACACAGCAUUUACAUUAAUUGAAUUAAUAUUAAAGAUUUUUAUUUCCUUAAAUAGAUUGCAGUAUCUCUGUUUGCAAAACACAAUUCAAAAUAUUACACUUUAUAAAAUACUCUCAGCAGAUGCAUGUUGCUGAUAAGAGGGCAUUGUGAGGUGUAAAAGUCUUUCCUUCAAAUCUGCUUAUAUCUUCAAGUGUGACAAUCACAUGUCAUGUUUUUUUCCCUGAGUCCUAAAUUCUGCUGUAAAUACAGGAAAAUACCCACCAUUUCUUUUGAAAACUGUUCACUAUUAGGGUGAGGAUAAACUCAGCAUCAACAGAUGCACAUGAAGGCAUUAUAUCAGUUUCUGAGUCCACUGGAGAUGCACAGUAGGGUAUGAAAUAUAGUGUAACGUGUAUAUUACCUGGAUUAUUACAAAGUUUUAAACUCAGCAGUAAAAGAUGGCGAAUGUAGUCUAGCAGUUAGAGCAUGAGAUGAAGUCAGGUGAUCAGGGUUUUGUUUCCAGGUCUGGACUCUGCCACUCACUUACUGUGUGGCCCUGGACAAGUCACGUUGGCUAAAAUAUUUUGGGCAGCUUCAGACUCUUCAUAAGUGAUGAGCACUCGCAGCUCCCAUUAACUGCAACUGGAGAUGAAAGUGUUCAGCACCUCUGAAAAUCAAACCCAGCAGGUUUUAAAUUGGGCACCCACAAUCAAAGGCCAUUUUUUUAAAAUGUUGGCCUUAAAAAUAUCUUUAUGCCUCACUUUCCUAUCACUCAGCAUUGUGAAUAUUAGCUAGCUAAUGUCUGUAAAGUGCUUUGAGAGCCUUGGGGAAAAGGUGCUAAAGAAGUGCAAAGUGUUAAUAUAUUGUAUUAAAAGAAUGCAAGUGGCACUAUGGGCAAUCAGAAAUAAUGAGCAAAUAAUCAAAAAGACGGGAAAAGAAAUCCUUUCACUAAACGCAACCAAAUAAGUAACUCUGACUGUAUAGGGAAAAGUUAAUUAAACUUAUUUCUUUCCCUCCUUGCCAAGUGUAUAUAUAAAAAUAUCCAAAUAUUUAAUAGCUUGUCUUCUGAUUAAAAACCAUAAAUGGAGCUAUAUCAUUCUGCCAGGUUUUGAGCAGAACUCCCUUUUUAACAUCACAACUUUCAGCUUGGACAACAAAAUAAAAAGGGUAAAUCACAGAAGGGUGACACCUAUGAUAUCUGAUAUUUCAAAUAAAUAUAGUGCUGGUUGCUUUUAGAACAGGGUGAAAUCCUGGCUCCAUUGAGGUGAAUGGAAGUUUUGUUAUUUCAUGCCAGACAUCUGGAAGGGAGAAUAAAGCAAUGCUCACAGUAAAAAGACAGAGAAGUCCUACAAAGCAGAGUCCUCUGAAACCAUUUCCACUACUGUACAUGCACAGUCUGCCUGCUAUAUAUCUCACCAACAGAGAAACAUAAACAAGCCUUGCCUGCCAUCCACCUGUAUAAUCUAUUACAGUAAGAAUACUUCAAGCCCUGUCUGUCUCCGUGCCCUCAGGAAAUGCAACCAACCUAAUGUUUCUUAACGUGAGGCUGUUUUUUAUAGUUGGUUUGAUGUCUUGGUGCUUUACACUGUUGAUAGUUUCAUGUCAUUUAGUUUAUACCAAUUUAUGGAGGGGAGGAUAGCUAAGUGGUUUGAGCAUUGGCCCACUAAACCCAGGGUUGUGAGUUCAAUCCUUAGGGGGGCCACUUAGGGAUCUGGGGCAGAAAUUAGUCUUGCUGAAGACAGGGGACUGAACUUAACUCAAUGACCUUCCAAGGUCCCUUUCAGCUCUAUGAGAUAUAUAAGCCAAACCCUCACUGUAUCUAUUGGAUUUAUGCAGUCUUUCAUUUGAACCAUUCAUUGACCAUGGAAAUCACUGUAGCUAAAAUUGCUCCCAUCUCCCAGUUUCUUUUUAAAUAUUUCCCUGAAGGAUUUAUAAAAUUAGAUCAGUGACUCCCAGAGGUCAGUUACUUUCCCAGUCAGUGAAGAUUUGAGAAUAGCAGGUUACAGUUAUUCUGCACAUUGGAGCGAUUGUGUCUUUUGACUAGGGUUACCAUAUGUCCGGUUUUUCCCAGACAUGUCCGGCUUUUCGGCAAUCAAACCCCCGUCCGGGGGGAAUUGCCAAAAAGCCGAACAUGUCUGGGAAAAUGCCGG